AUGCUUUCGAGCCUGCUCAAUCCCAGAUCUGCUUCACCGGUAGACCGCAAGAUUGGCGGCCGAGUCCAGACGUGGGCUGAUUCUCCAAAGAAGGGCUUCUCGGGCGCCUGCGCCCGCGAGCACCGGUACGGAGUAUAUGUGGACAGCGGCUGCCCAACCGAAGCGCUGCCGUCUGCGGGUUGGACGAGUCGAGAGCGGCCUUCUGCAAACUCGGUCUCGCGCCGGCUCUUGGCCCCCCGCUCCCGAUUGUCAGCAACCCCAAGAGAUCUGGAGAUCGAAAACACGGCAGGGGCUGGGCCAGACGAACAGCAGCCUGUCGAACGUCUCACCCACACCGACUCUCUUCGCCGGUGGAACUAUCAAUCACGGCUUGCCGCUGCUGCCGUAGGAAUGGAACACGUCUCGAGGCCCGCCGCUCCUUCACGGGAUGGCUCCCGUGACACUCGGGACAUCAGAUCAGCCAACCACUCUCACAGAAGCUCCGGCGCUUACCAGUAUGACACUACCAGGACAAUGUGCGCCGCUGGUUCAACGCCUCACUUCCCGGCCUUCCUCACUGGAAGGCCUCUAGACGAGCAGUCUUACGACCGCUCUAGCAAGAAGCCCAGACUGUUUCACCCGCAUAGCGGUGCCACUAAGUUGACUGAGGGCUGUAAUGUGCGCCUCGGUACCGUCCCGACAAACUCGCUAACCCUUCAACUUGGCCGAGAGCCUAUCGUGGAAGUCACUGCCGUCCCGCCCAGACAGCCAGAGCCCACCGGUGUGCCUCACUUUCUCGCCUCCAUCUUGGACACAACUCACUCAUAUGGCUCUACUUUCAAUGGUGUGCCCGCUACCUGGGGCCCGUAUAGCCGAUCGGUUCAUUCGUCGUUACCGGUCAUUUCCUCAACAUCCGGCGGAUCCCUUUCCCGUCGCGGCUCUGUCAAUUCUCUCAGCUCUCCGGCAGUGCCAUCUCCUGGUCCUAGUUCCGGAAGUCUGGGCCGUGAUGGCACCAUAUUCUCUCAUCAUACUUCUGACCAAAGCCAAAGUCCUCCCAGCUACACCUUCACGGCUCCACAAUCACCACGCCGUAUGAUUGCUGGCGAAUCGCCAAGCACCAUCGGCGCGUCAACAAACCCCCACGCCUCGCUCCCUCCGGUCUUCCAUGCGGUUUCAGUCCCUGCGGUUUCGGCCCCGCCGAUGAGAAGCCAGAUGGUGUACCAUCAGCCGGGUACAUUCUAUGGUGCGCAUGCUAGCAGCCUAGCCCAGCCAUCACCGUCAUCGUACAGCAACAACAUAUUUUACGGCAGCAGCAAUACCAGCAGUACCAGCAGUAGUAACACAAGUCCGGGCGACAUUUACCGGGACGUUGCGAGGACAGCGCCUGCUCCCUUACUCGCACCAUUCAGACCUGUCCGCCAAGAGCUUGAGUACCCUGGCUUCGUCCCGUUUCACCCCCCGGAAAACGAUACCAGGCUGGAAGAGGAAGGAGUUUGGACCAGUCUGCUGGCUGCAGCCGAAUCAGACACCUUCACUGAGAAUACCACUAGCCGUGCGGCCAUUCACACCUCACCUGCAGCCUUGCAUAACAUCAUAAAUCAUGUGGACGAUGACCCGUCAUUCCAAGUAAUCACACUUCGGAAUGUUUGCAACAAUGACCGACAGGAACCAGCGUCUGACGAUGCAUCAGCAGAGCAAAGUCUCCAGCUCGUGCAGGCGGACAAGGGAGCGCGACGUCCACGGAGCACCUUCAGCUUCGAGAAGCGACAGGAGACUAGCCAGACCCGCACAAUCGGGGCAUGCCUUCGCUGCAAGAGCCAGCGUAUUCGUUGCGUUCCGUCACCCGAGGGUCCCAACGGCAUCUGUCUUACCUGCGAACAAGUGUCGCAAAACUCGAAAAAGGUUCUGCAUGACAUUCACUGUGUUCGCUGGAGGCUGAACGAAAUGAGCCUGUAUCGCCAUGGAGGACUGAAUCUCACUAAGCGAUGGUCCGGCACCAUGAUCAAGGAUAUUGCCCACUGGAACGCCGACGACAUCCACGAAAUCGAAAUGAAGAUUUUCUACUCCAGUGCUAUGCACAAAUACGACUUAUGCCCCGUGCCGGUGAAGUUGCGCGUUCGCAGAUUCACGCCAGAAGCCAACGACGUCUUGGUCCGGAAGUGGUCCAAGCCCUCCAUCGACCAGAACGGCGUCACGACGUUCGAGAAGCUUUAUGUCGAGCUGCCGCCCUAUGCUCUCCUCGACGCAAACGAAGCAGCCGAAUCGCUGAGGGAGUAUUUUCUCCAAAAUGCCAUGCAUGCAGUAACGAAUGUUGCCCGCUUUUCCAUUCCCGUUGUACGACACCACAUGGAAGCCCUCAUUAGACACUACUAUAGCCUUGCGCAUAGAAUAUCGGUUCCGCGAAUGAUCACCGCCCAGUGCGAUUCAAUCAUGGUCACUCGCUUCCUACGACCGCUUGCCUCUGAAGUACUUAAUGAGUUUGAGAGAUUCUUCCGCGUUGGGAAUCCGGACCACUGGUUCUUGCUUUACGCAUGCACCUUCAUGCUUCUACACGAAGUAUCUUUCUCGUCCCAGGACCGCCACCGCCAUGCCAUGGAGAACUGGAUCACAGAUGCCAGAUAUUCCGUCAGUGACUUUGUCAAGGAACUUCAGUUUAGCGCCAACAUAAUCCUUUGUUACUGGCACUAUUACCGAACUAUGGAUCCCACAGAUGAUGGAUGGGACAUAUUCUGCCAGAUUAUUAAACCACACCCCCGACCUCGAGAAAACAUCGAGUCAGCCAAAGGCAAAGGAAAGAAGAAGGUGCACGUCACUCGGGAGCAGUGCGACCUUCUCAUGCAACAUUGGAACGACAUGAUAGAGAUGGACCCACAAACAAAGGCUAUAAGCAGCACAGAAGCAGCCGGAUCGUCGGCCUCAGCACGCGCCAUCGCCGCAGAGCUGACGGCCCUGAACCAGCUGCACCGCGCACUGAUCGGCCUUGAGGGAGGUCCGCCGGUGCCGCCGCCGCCAAUUCCAGUCAAUCCCAAGCGGACAGCAAACGUGAACAAGCUGCGGGACUCUGGAAAUGGUGAGUUCCGCAAGGGGCGCUACGCCGAGGCCAUCAAGUUCUACUCUCUGGGCUUGCAGAUGGCGCUGACGCGGCCGCCCUGGGAGCCGUCUCAGCUGGUGAACGAGGAGGUGGCGACUCUGUACGCAAACCGGGCACAGGCAUACAUGGCGAUACAGAGCUGGCCCGAGGGUGCGCUAGAUGCGGAGACCAGCGUGGAGGCCAAGAAGACGGGCAACGCAAAAGCGUGGUGGCGGCGGGGCAAGUGUCUCCUGGAGAUGGGCCGGCUGGAAGAGGCGCAAGAGUGGGUGCGGCGCGGGCUGGAGAUGGAGGGCGAAGAGCACGAUCUCCUGGCGCUGCGCGUGGAGAUCCAAGGGAGGCUGGACAAGGCGAAAGAGGCAUUGUAG